GGCCAUCCGCUCAGACAAGGCACUCUCAGCUGAUAGCUGCACAACCUGGACAAGUCGCUCUUCAGACUCGUCGGCUCGGUCACCUGAAGUAGAACGACGUCAAAGACACCACCCAGCACAAUGGUACUAGUCCUCGUCAUCGGAGAUCUUCACAUUCCUAACCUCACAUAUGACCUCCCAGCAAAAUUCAAAAAGCUCUUAGUGCCCGGUAAAAUAGGACAGAUAAUAUGCACUGGGAACGUAUGCGAUAAAGAGACGUACGAUUAUCUUCGGACCAUAGCACCGGAGGUUCAUGUGGUGCGAGGCGAGUUUGACGAGAACACACAUUUCCCUUUAAGUUUAACAAUACAACAUCAAAGUAUACGGAUAGGUGUGGUACAUGGUCAACAAAUUGUUCCAGCUGGUGAUUCUGAGAUGUUGGCGGCUUUGGCUAGACAGAUGGAUGUUGAUGUUUUGGUUAGUGGGGGUACACAUAGGUUUGAAGCUUUCGAAUUUGAACAACGUUUCUUCAUCAAUCCAGGUUCGGCAACAGGUGCCUGGAGUGGGUUAUGGAAUGGUGACGUGACACCUUCUUUCGCUUUGAUGGAUGUUCAAGGUCCCGUUGUCGUGACUUAUGUUUACCUCUUGCUGGAUCAAGAAGUGAAAGUCGACAAAGUAGAAUACCGUCGUCCGGAUCAACCAAGACAUGUGGAAUCAACACCUCGACAAGAAGUCGCUGUGGGGUGGUAGUUAUAUGUAUUUGUUCCAAUCUCU